AAACCAGAAAGUAAAACCCAUUUUCUAGAACAGCAUGAAUUUCACGCCACUUUCCUCCCUUAUAACUGUGUUACAACUUUUCCAUAUUCGUCAAAAACCACAACAGAGGCUGGAAGAACAACGCCGCCUGUUUCCUUUUUAACGUUAUAUAUAUUAAUAUAAUAUGUAAAGCCGUCCAAAGAAAACCAGCGAAAACUAGUCUUAGAUGGUUUUCUCUUGAGUUUAGUCAAACACUGUGUCGCUGUUUUCUCCUAUAAAUAUGGAUUCAUCUGUCCCUUCUUGUUGUGACACGUUUCCCUCUAUAAUUGUAUGGAUUCAGUUCAUGGUUCGUUCUCUUCGUCGUCUUCUGUGAAUUCACGUUUCUUGGAAUCUUCAAAUUCUGGAAUUUCGGGGAUCAAAAAGUUUUCGUCGGUGAGUUUUAGUUCAAGUUCGCUUUCCAGUUCUAGUAAGGGAUCUCCUAGGAAAGGUAAUUUGAUGGGGUCAUCUUCUGAUAACACAAAACCGAAGAUCGUCAACGGCCCUGCUGGUUAUGUUCUUGAAGAUGUUCCGCAUUUAUCUGAUUAUAUUCCUAAUCUUCCUACAUAUUCUAAUCCACUGCAAGACAAUCCUGCGUACUCGGUUGUUAAGCAGUACUUUGUUCAUGUGGAUGACACUGUUCCACAAAAGAUUGUUGUUCACAAGAAUUCUCCUAGAGGAAUUCAUUUUCGACGAGCUGGACCUCGUCAAAAGGUGUAUUUUGAGGCUGAUGAAGUCCAUGCUUGUAUUGUAACCUGUGGUGGCCUAUGCCCUGGACUAAACACGGUGAUUAGAGAAAUAGUGUGCACCCUCUACCAUGCAUAUGGAGUGAAGAAAGUGCUGGGAAUAGACGGAGGAUACAGAGGCUUCUAUGCUAAAAAUACAAUUCCUUUAACUCCCAAGGUCGUGAAUGACAUCCAUAAACGUGGUGGAACUAUUCUCGGUACUUCACGAGGUGGCCAUGAUACCUCCAAGAUAGUUGACAGCAUUCAGGAUCGAGGAAUCAAUCAGGUUUACAUAAUUGGAGGAGAUGGUACCCAGAAAGGAGCAUCCGUUAUAUAUGAGGAAGUUAGAAAACGUGGUCUCAAAGUUGUAAUUGCUGGAAUUCCCAAAACCAUCGAUAAUGACAUUCCGGUUAUUGACAGAUCCUUUGGCUUUGACACUGCUGUCGAGGAAGCUCAACGUGCUAUUAAUGCAGCACAUGUUGAAGCUGAAAGUAUUGAGAAUGGUAUAGGACUUGUUAAGUUGAUGGGUCGCUACAGUGGUUUUAUUGCAAUGUAUGCUACUCUUGCAAGCCGUGACGUGGACUGCUGCUUAAUUCCUGAGUCACCCUUUUAUCUUGAAGGGGAGGGUGGACUUUUUGAAUAUAUUGAGCACCGGCUUAAAGAAAAUGGGCAUAUGGUUAUUGUGACAGCUGAAGGUGCAGGACAGGACUUGGUUUCGGACAGCUUGAAUUCAAUGUCCCAGAAGGAUGCUUCAGGAAACAAACUUCUCCAAGAUGUUGGCCUGUGGUUAUCACAGAAAAUUAAGGAUCAUUUUUCAAAGCAAAAUAAGAUGGUGAUAAACCUUAAAUAUAUUGAUCCUACUUACAUGAUUCGUGCUAUUCCAAGCAAUGCAUCUGAUAAUGUGUACAGCACACUUCUCGCUCAAAGUGUUGUACAUGGAGCCAUGGCUGGCUACACUGGGUAUACCAGCGGUCUUGUGAACGGCAGACAAACUUACAUACCCUUCUAUCGAAUCAAUGAAAAACGGAAUAAGGUGGUGAUUACUGAUAGGAUGUGGGCAAGGCUGCUGUCGUCAACAAAUCAACCGAGCUUUUUGAAGCCUAAGGAUGUGAUUGAAGACAAGCAAGGGGAAGUGGCAUCGGCACCAGCUCAAUUGUUGGAGGACGAGAUUAGUCAUGAUGACAAUCUGGUGAACAAAGAGGUUUACCAAAAUAACAAGUGAUUUGAUAGUAUUUGUGAUUUUGAUUGGCAUUUCAUACUACGGAGCUUUGUUUGUAUAUUUAUAAUUUAAUAUUAUUAUUACCAUUAAUAAUCAAAGUAUUGUUUAUUUAACUAGCUCCCUUGAUGUUUGUCGCGUGAAGGGAAGCCAAUAGCUUUUAUUCAAAUAAUUAUGUGGUGAGAUGAGGGGCAGGAUCCUACUUAAUUCCUCAUGCUUUGUUCGAUUUUACAAUAUUAUCGAGACAAUGCAUUAUUUAGUAUUGGAAGUUUGGAACAA